GGUCGGGUGUGCAGCAGAGUUUUUAUACGUACAGGUCAGGGAGGGAUCUAGUCACUGAAUAGGUCGGCUGUUUUAGGUACGACGCAUGGCGUGUUGCAUGGAUACACGACACGGAACAUGCAGCACACAUCUCCUCUGCAAGUUUAGCUCGCAGAAAGCAAUCGCUUUGGCCGCGUUUCUGCCGCUAUAUUUCACUGUGGCACGAUGUCCCGCCCCGAGGGUGACCGUGAUUACCGGCGAGAUCGUGAAAGAGGUGAUUCGCGGGACGACAGGCGGCGUGACGACGACAGGGGCAAGCGCGAGCGAGACGAUGAUGAUGAUUCGAGGGACAGGGACAGAGAGAGGGAGAGGCGGCGGGACGAUGACGACUACCACGACAGGCGGCGGGACAGGGACAGAGGGCGUGACAGGGACAGAGACGAUGACCGCCGAAGAACCGACAGAUACAGGUAUGUGUCUGUGCGUGGGUGGGUGGCUGGGUGGAUUGAUAGAUCUGACACACAUAUGUAUGUGUCCUUCCGUCAGAGAUCGGGAUUACGACCGGGACAGGGACAGGGACCGGUGAGUGAGCAGCCACGCCCAGACAGCACAGCACUACCAGACAGGGAGGAUGGAUGAGAUUAUUGAUGCGCGCGUGUGUGUGUGUGUGUGCGUUGUCAGGGACAGGGAUAGGGACAGGGAUGACCGCCGGCGUGACCGAGACUACGACGACAGGGACGUAGACAGACGGAGGUGAGCACCACGAAGCACCACCUAGAAGAGCCUUCAUUGCCCUGUGUGUGGAUGGUUUCACCCAUGCAGGGACAGGGACAGAGACCGUGACAGGGACAGAGACAGGCGAGAUCGGGAUAGGGACUCAUACAGGUGUGCAUACCCGUCUGGGUGUAAGAAUGUUACGUACCUACUUCUGCGACCGCUUUUGUCAUUCAGGCGUGGCCGGAGGGACGAUGACGACGACCGAGACGACGACAGAUACAACAGAGGUACGCACAGCAGGGAGGGCACCACACACACACACACACACUCUCACCAACCAAACGCUCUGUGUGUGUCGGUGUGUUUGCCCAUCCAUCAGAUGAGGACAGGAAGCGUAAGCGUCGCCACGACAGCGAUGAUGACGACGACGAUGACGACCGGCGCGACCGGAAGGACCGGCGCCGCGACUCGCCCAAAAAACCCACUACCAAUGCCAAUGCAUCGACGUCCAAGAAACCGGUCAAGCCCAAGCGCCACAAAAGCGAUGAUGACAUGUCAAUCGACAGCGAUGGUGACGACGCCAAAAAGAAAAAGAAAAACAAAGUCAGCGGCCGGCGAGAGACAGACAACACAUGGAUGCACGAGUGUGGCUGUGGAUGGAUGUGAUGUGUGUGGUUACUUACAGGACAGUGACGAUGAUGCGUCGGAUGACGAUGAGGACAAGGACGGCGACUUGACGGAGGAGCAGCUGAUGCAGAAGCUGAUGGGUUUCGGCAACUUCGACACGAGCAAGGGCAAGGACCACAGCAAGUCAGACCUCGGCGGGGUCAACAAGAGGACCAAGCGCAAGUACAGGCAGUACAUGAACCGGAAGGGCGGAUUCAACAGACCCCUCUCGCCCGUCUUCUGACCAACCUACCAACCAACCAACCAACGACAGACGUGACAGACAGGGAGCGUCUCUUGGGAGGCCGUGCCGUCCAUCGCAUUCACUAUAUGUUUCGG